AUGCUAUGGCAAAAGCUGUUUUUUGCCCGACUCGAAUUCGAAAACGAUUUAGUUGCUGCUGAGGCUAAUUAUUAUCAUGAUUGCUUUAAUUCCUUCUGGAAACUGCCCACUUGGGUAAAAGUCGGUCGUUCUCAAGAUGAAACUACGAAUCUGCCAAUGGAGGAAAUAUUCGCUUACAUCGAAAAUUGCGAUGAGCGUCAGUUCACUUUGAACGAAUUAGGAAAUGUUUGCAAAACUAGAACUAUAGAUAACCGGACGCUAAAGGUACUAUUGAAACUAAGGUAUGGUUAUAAAAUUAUUAUCUAUAAAAAAUCGGGAACAUCAACAUUCAUAUGCUUAGUAGACAAUCAUCAUGAUAUUUUGAAUCAAGCUUGGUAUGAAAAGAAAAAAUUGAAUAAAAAAGAACGACUCAAAAUCUUUGAAGCUGCUGCAGCAAUCAUCCGCGAAGAUAUUCAAUCCACAGUGUUAGAUAAUUCUAACUACCCUCUACCAGGUCGCAUCUUUGAAGAUUUAAACAACGAAAUCCCAAAGUCGCUGACACAUUUUUGA